UUGGGUGGGUGGUUGCUUGUGCUUGCAUAUGGAAGAGGCAAAUAAAGAGAAAUAUUUAAGGAGAAGGGGUAAUAGUUGGUAGAAUAUAAAACAUUCAAUUCUGUUCCCUUCCUAAACCCUUUAGGAAAGGGUUUAUUUGUUUGUUUAAAAAAAUCAUAAUCUCUGACCAGUGAUUUCCCAGAAACAGUAAGCAUAUGAGUGAAAGUGACGCAAGACCCUAACACAUGCUCUUUCCAUCUGGGAUUGGCAACCCACUCAAACAUUUCCAAUUCCCAAGAACCUCUCUAGUCAGCUACGUGCAAAUAUGAGGUCCUUGAGUCCAGGAAGGACAUGCCUGCCUAAACUAUAAAUGCAUGUCUUUCUGAACACUUGAUUAUAGCAUUCUUGCUAUCUGAGACAUAUCAGUUCUGGUCCUCAGCAUUACAGGAAACAAAAAACAAUGUUUUAAGUUAGGAUGAGAGUAUCCGGCCAUGGCUUUGGACUCUUGCUACAAAUUCUUCAGGAGUAGUGAGUUGAUACUAUUGCUUUCUUCAUCAACUGUAUAACAUCUUUAGCCCACAAGCUAGAAGCCAUGCACCUGCCGGUGAGCCCUGUCAAACUCAACAGGACUUCCUCAUUAAUAAACACACAAAGAGCCUUGAUUUUUUUUUCCAACUGCCAUUAAAGUAAUCCUGUAAGAGAGCAGUCCUGUGGUCUUUGGAACAAUCUUCUAUGGACUAUAGGAUUGCUUGGAAAAAACCUUUCCAGGGUCUGAGCUUGGGUGGGGGAGUCAGAAAUGUGACCCUCAUCCCUCCCCUGUCCUCAGCUGGCAUGGAAAACACCAGUCAUUCUCUGAGGUCAGAAAGGCAACUUUGGAGGAGGAGGAAAGGGGGAGGAGACUGAGGAGGGGAGGAUAUGGGAUAUCCCGAGUCUCCCCAGCUUCCUUACCCUACCCAUGAGGUGAACAGGAAAGCCCAUCUGGCAAAACUCACCAAAGGCAGAGGAUGGGGAGGUGAGAACCUUCCCACUCAGCUAGCUGCAAUCUGGCAAGAUACAGGAAUUUUGGAAGCCUCAGAACAUUUCCAAGCAGUGUGAGCACAAUUGAUAGGAUUGCACCCUAGACUACAUAUUUUUUGGUUCUGUCAGAUUUAGUACUUUUAGCCAAAGGAUUGUGCAAAGCAAUACAAACAACUGGAGAUACAUGAGAGUGACAGAUACAAAUUCCCAAGCAUCUCAGUGCCGGAUUACUUAAAGAAAUAAGACUGACCUACUACUUGCCCAUUCAGAUGCUACGCACAUCAGGAGAUACAUCUUUGAUGGUGCCUGACAUUCCAGAGAUCCAGUCCUUGAUGGCACUUUCUGUAAUUCCCUACCACUGGAAAUUAGAUAGGCAACAACCCUCCCCAGUUUUUUGCACCUACUUGGUUUGCCCACCAAGCAUCUCCAGGAAAUUAAUUGUUUUUCAUAUAUUGUAAUAAUUCACAAUAUUUAAGUAUAACUGAGUACUGUAUUGCUUUGUAUAUUGCUCAAAAACUUCUAUUAAUGCAUGUGAUUCAUGAAUAUCAUUAAAUAUCAUUAUUUCAAACUGAUAACAUGCAUAAUUAUGAUCCCCCUGCUUCAGACUGCACCCUAUGAAACUUUCCAUUGAGUUUUCUUUUAAAUGAGAAGCAGCCACAACUAGGGGCAGGGAAAAAGUAAGUGGGAGCUUUAACCUGUCCGUGUCAGUCAUUUUUCCAUCAAACCUACUCCCAACUGCUUUUAAUACUGCACGGAAACACAUACUAUUUUCUGUACCUUUGUCUCUGCAUGAAGAAAAGGAGCUGGGGAGGAGAAUGGGAACUUGGUGGGAAAACAUCAGAAGGAGAAAGAAUUAAGCAUACCAUUACUGGAGAAAGAAUUAAGCAUAUCAUUACUGGCCUACCACUUAAAAGAGCAUCCUUCUUUAGCUGAUUUCAGUUGAAAAACAAAAAGCCCAUCCUCAGGGGAAAAUCACACAAAUAUAGGGCCAGGGUACAAUUUGUAUCCUAAGUGACCAUGUUGUACUUGAGUCACUUGCACAAAACUGCACUGAAAAAUGUUUGCAUUUGUACUAAAAUCAUGGCUUGCUUAAAAGAAGUGGUCACUAUGAUACUCAGGUCCCCAGCUAGUUCUGAUCACAGUUUAAAACAACCCCCUUGCCAGAAUUUUUCAACUACAGGUACAAAUGUGCUGUGGCAUGAACUUUUUGAAGUGAUUACUUCAGCCAAGCAGCCAAUGCCAAAUGAAAGAAAGCAAACCUGUUUCAUUUUCAAAACCAUCAACAUGAAAGUUAAGUGCUAUGCUCAAGGAUAAAGGCCCAAGAAAAAGUGCCAACUCUUCAUUGCCAUACUUUGAUCUGAUGGAAGCCAACAAAUGCCUUGCAAAAUGGCAUGUAUUCUCAGUUGCCUGUCAAAGUGAGACAGACUUAUAAACAAAGCACUUACCUUGAUAAUCUACUGUUCACCACAAGCUGGCAUGCAAGGAACAUGAUGGCCAAGCAAACAUGUACUUGGGAAUGAUGCAACUCUAUGUUACUGUGACACAUAUCCCAGUAAAGUUCUGGCUUUAACCUUUUGGGGCCAGGUUAUUUGAAGGACUCUCUUUACCUAUACAUUCCUGCCCAGCCAUAUGAUCUGCCUCAGUGAUCAUCCCCUGUACCUAUUGCUAUAAUUACUCAGGUUGGCAUGCACAGAAAAUAAGGCCCUCUCAGCGAUAGUCCCAGAAUUUUGGAAAUCCCUUCUUAUAGCGUUUGAUGACCAUUCAGCCUGUUUCUAAUGAUUUCACAAUACCUCUCUUUUUCUACAUGGUGCAUUCAUGUGUGUGUGUGUGUGUAUACAUGAUUAAGAGCAUGAUCCUAAGCAAGCUUAGACAGAAAAAAGACCCACAACUCCCAGUGUACCUGGACAUGCUGAGAACUGCAGGAGGCUUUUCUAUCAUCCAAACUAGGAUUGUACCUUAAGUGAACUGUGAUCCACAGAAGUUCAGGCUGCAUUACAUUUGUUAGUCAAUAAGGUGCUACAAGACUAGUUGCUGUUUUCACGGUGAGAGAUUACCUCUGAGGUUGCUCCCUCACUACAAGGACAGCAUCCUCAGGAGUCAGGUUAAAUUGCCAUCAAAGCUUUUUUUGCCUUACCAAGCCAAGUACCACAGAAACUUUACAAGAAGUCAAAAAUCCAUAUAAAUGCCACUGAGCAGCAAAAAGGAACAAAAACACAAGCAGUAAGAUCUGAGAAGGAAGCAGAACAGCUACAGAACCCAAAGAAUAUGAGGGAGAUGGUAUGGAUAAUUUAAAAAUGUACAGCAGCAACAACAACACACGUAUGUUAAUGCUUGCAAGUGCCUGAGGAACUUCAUAGCCAUGACCUAGUUGUCAUCCUUACAACAACCAUAGUCAGGUAGCAGGGUAAAUCAUAUUUAUCCCCCAUUUCCCAGAUAGUUAGGCAUAGAAUAGAAUAGAAUAAUAGAAAAUAUGCACUCCAGCAAGGACCAAAAUACGAACACAGGAUCCUGGUGGGGACUGAUAUGUAAGAAAUGCAGUGUGAAAGUAAGAACAUGAAAACACAAUAAGAGCUGUUCUUGAUCCAACUGAGGACUCAUCUAUUUGAGCAUCCUCUUCACACAGCAGCCAACCUGCUGUCCCCUGAAUCCCAUAGCAGGAGACAGGUGCAAGACCACCCUCAGGUCCAAUUUCCCCAGCAACUAGUCUACACAGACAUACUGCCUUUGAGACCAUACAUAGCAUAUAGUCCUCAGGACUAGUAGCCAUGGAUAGCAAUCUGCCCCAUGAAUUUGUUAAAGCCAUCCAAACUGGGGGCCAGCACUAUACUUCUAAGUGAAUUUGAUGAAGAUGAGGAUGAGGAUGAUGGUGGUGGGAUUAAACUUUCCAACAGGACACUGAAGUCAGAAAACUAGAAGAGCCAUGCAAAGGUUGCACACACUGCUCUCGUAUUCUUUGCCAUCCCUCUUAGGACAAGGGGGAGGCUAUCAAAGCAAGCCCAAAGUCUCUAAGGAAAGGCAUUUGGGAGGACUUUCCAGUUGGAUGGGAAGAAGCGGACAGUUGGAGAGUAUCGGUGUGUGACUGUCAAAGUGGGUGAGGCAGUGGUGGGAAAACACGGGAUAAGGAUGGAUAAGUUACUGAAAGCCCUGGGGUGAGGUGAGUGUGGCUGGGUGGAGGACAGCACCAGGCUGGGAUGGGGAGAUAACACAGCAAGGAGGCUGGAGGGCUCAAGAGCAGUGGGGAAGGCGGACCCCGUGAGAACACAAGUUCUCAGACAAUGAACUAUGUGGGCCAGAUUGCCGAAACAGUGUUGGGCACUGUGAAGGAGCUAUAUAGGGGUCUGAAUCCAGCUACCUUGACUGGUUGCAUUGAUGUCAUUGUGGUGAGACAGCCAGAUGGUUCCUUGCUCUGUUCCCCUUUCCAUGUACGCUUUGGGAAGCUGCGUGUUCUGCAUUCCAGUGAGAAAGUGGUUGACAUAGAAAUCAAUGGCGAGCCGGUCAAUCUGCAGAUGAAGUUGGGUGAAAAUGGAGAAGCCUUUUUUGUUGAGGAAUCAGAGGAACAAAAGGAGAGCAUCCCUUACUCCUUGUGCACAUCUCCCAUCCCCUCAGAGAAAAGUGCAGAAUCCAAGGACAGAACUUCCAGUUUGUAUGGAAAUCCAGAAGGUUUGGGCUCAGACACAGCUCUUCGUAAGAAAAGAUGGUGCAAGAAGAAGCCAAAAAAGAGGGAGUCAACAACAGACUCAACUUCAGAAGAAGAGGGCACUGAAAGUGAGCGAACUCUUGAGGAGAAGCGGAAAUUGUUGGCUUCCAACCAUACAGUGUAUUACUCACUCACUGAUGUCCCAAAUGAAGGCGCUGGGACCCUGCAAACCAAAGAAGCAUACCCUUACUCGGAUGGAGAAUUGGCUCCCCUGCAGAGCCUUUCGCCCAACUGCUCUUCGGCUCCAAAAAGUGACUCUGAAUUGGAGAUGCGAAAUCCUGAACCAUCAUUUGGCUCUGAAUCCCACCUGCGGUGGUCAUGGGGAAGACUGCCUGAGGUGAGCAAGUCGGACCAAGCAGAAGCAAGAAAGUCCACCACAAGUCUCAUCUCCACCACAACAGGCCUCCCCGCAGCCUCCCCCAUAGCUGUUCCUGUGAGUGAGUCCACUCACUUUGUGGCCAUCUCAGCACACUCAGAAAGUGACUUGGGUAUGGUUGAUUCUGAUGAUGCAUCAGGUUCUCCAGUUACGGCUGAUAUUAGGGUGACUCCAGUCUCUUCUACUGGGGAUGGCCUCCCAGGGGAUGAGGAGCAUUCUCAGAUGAUUAGCAGUGAUCUGAAGAGUGGCCCUGGACCUGCAGGAGUUGUGCAGGGUAUAGCAACAACUACUGAGAACGAAGGAGCAGAACCAGCCAACAAGAUGACUCAGGAGCUGGAUUUCAAAGUGCUCACUUCAGGGAAUACUAGUUUGGCAAAUGAAGAGCCCUGCAGCCACCCAACAUUGAAACAGGAGAAAAGAAGAGGUUCCAUGAAAAGAAACCCCCAUCUGGGACCUACUGACAUUUAUUUGGAAGAUUUGUCAAAUUUGGAUGCGGAGGAGUUAGCACUUUAUUUCCCCAAAAGUGAUGCUGAGCUGAGUGGUCAAGCACAAAAUGAUCCUGGCAGCUUCUCUUGUGCCCAUGUAUUGGGUGGAGCUACUGUUGAUGAUCUGCUGGAGCCUACAACAAACAGUUCGAUGCCUCAUGUCCUCCUGUCCCUCUGUGGAGGUCUUGGGGAUGAUGGGGAAUUAUCUCAUGCUGAGAAGUUUAUGAAGCAUAUAGUUUCCUACCAAGAGUUUGCAGAGAACCCAGCAAUUCUUGAGGACCAAAAUUUGGUGGUAAAGUUCCAGAAUAAAUAUUAUAGUUGGGCAGUCGCAGCUCCCAUGCUCCUCUCCCUACAAGCUUUCCAAAAGAACCUCCCCAAGAGCACCAUUGACAGACUAAUGAAGGAGAAAAUGCCCAAGAAGGGUGGCAGGUGGUGGUUUUCUUGGCGGCGAAGAGAACUUCCAAAUGAGGAGCACGAAGCCACUGCCCAGAAAACCAGCACAGGAGGCAAGCAUAAGAAGGGUUCCUCUGUUAAGGGAAGAGAAGAUGCCUCUUCCAGUGAUGAAUCUGUAUCCUCAAGCCAAGGGAACAGUCCUGUAGCAGAUGCCCUCACACAGAAGUUUCUUCCAAUCUACAAGAAAUCUCUAAGACUCUCUUCAGAGCAAAUUAAAAGCCUGAAUCUGAGGGAUGGGCCCAAUGAGAUAGUAUUCAGUGUGACCACCCAGUACCAGGGCACAUGCCGCUGUGAAGCCACCAUUUACCUGUGGGACUGGUAUGACAAGGUUGUGAUCUCUGACAUUGAUGGGACCAUCACCAGGUCAGAUGCCCUAGGCCACAUCUUGCCACACCUGGGAAAAGACUGGACCCACCAAGGCAUCGUUAGGCUCUUCCACAAAAUUCACCUGAAUGGGUACAAGUUUCUCUACUGUUCCGCCAGAGCCAUUGGCAUGGCACACAUCACCAAAGGAUAUCUAGACUGUGUCAAUGACCAGGGCUGGGUGCUCCCAAAAGGUCCCAUCCUACUGGCUCCUAGCAGCCUCUUUUCAGCCUUUCAUAGGGAAGUGAUUGAGAAGAAGCCAGAGGUAUUCAAAAUUGCAUGUCUAACAGACAUCCGGAAUCUCUUUGGUGCUGACAGGCAGCCCUUCCAUGCUGCCUUCGGGAACAGAGCAAAUGACAUUUAUGCCUACAAGAAAGUGGAGCUUCCGGAAUCCCGGAUAUUCACUGUGAACCCCAAGGGGGAGCUGAUCCAGGAAGUCAUAAAAGUCCAGAAGUCCACAUAUGAUCGACUGGGUGACAUGGUAGAAUUCCUCUUUCCACCUGUUGGAGAGGAUCUGCCCAUCUCUUGUAUGGAAAGACACCCAAGAUCCUUCCUAAGGAACAUGUUCAACUUUCUAUUCCUUGUAUUAGCAAUGGGAAGGAAUAUGAGAAAGUAAGCACUUACUGUAACACUCAGCAAAGAAGGAUGGCAGCAAAUUAUUCUGAGAUAACUCUACAGAUUUUCCUCACUGGAUAUGGGCAACAUUGCUGUGAACUGAAUGAAGACAGAGGAACUGGAUUCAACCCAGGGUACCAAUUUUAGUUCUACCUCACGUAACUGUUGCCACCUUUGUGAACCUGGAUGAAACUUCAAGGCAUUAAGGGGCAGUGUGAUGCGAGCCCUUUGAGCUAUUUAUACUGUGAUGCAUCUGUUCCUCUAUAAUCAUUGCAAUUGGGGCUAAAUGCUAUGCAAGUUCGGCAAUAAAUAUUUUUGAAUAUCUGAA